AAGAAAUAAUAGUGAAGCAACGUGCUUGAGCCAUUUUAGCCAUAUAACUGCCGAAAUAUGAUCAUUCAUAUUGUGUAAUUUGUUAAUAGUUUAUCAUUCGCCUUCCUCAUUUUAUUGUUGCAUAGAAAUAAUACAAAUACUGUGUUUUUGUAAUUAAAUACACCUUUUAUAUAAUUUCCAUACAAAUAGAAAACAAACUUACUAAUAUCAGCGUCGAUCCUUUUUGCUGCCGAUACAAAUCAUUGAAGCCUCAUGUUUCUCUGCUGGUAUUAUUUUUAAUGUUUUAUACGCUAUAUGGAUUUAAGGAUGGAUAUUCGAAAUGAGCUUGAUUUCCAAUUCUUAGAUUUACAUGAUUUAAAUGACAGUGAUAAGAAUCAUUUAAUAGGUAUUUUAAAAUCCAAUGUCGCUAAUGAUACCUUGAAAUUGCCAUGGGACACAGUUGAAUCUGGUAAUGAUGUCAAUGCUUCUAUAACAGAAAUUCCACAAGUUCAUAAUCAAUGGUAUCAUAAUGCAAUGCCACCACAACCCUCGUAUGCACAACAAAUAAUGUGUAGUGAUUGGCAGGGACCAAUUUAUCCUGUUCCAACAGAUGCUCAUAUACAGCCAUUUAUGCCUGCUAUGACUUAUUCUCAUCCUGGAUAUAAUCUUGGAAAUGAAAUUCAUGAUGUUAGUUGUAGCAGGGAAACUAAUAGAAGGAACAAUCGAGGAAGAGGAAUAAGAAGAGAUAAUUUCAAUCGUGGAAUAAAUCCUACGAAUGAAAUGCAAUCAGGAUAUAUGGGAGAGCAGGGCCAAUUCCAUCCACCAUUGUCUUUUGUUGUUAUGUACCCAGAUCAAACACAACAGCAACAAUUCUCUGGUCAUGUCCACUAUCCUCCACUAGCUAUAUAUCAGCCAAAUAUUCAUACACAUACAAAUACACAUCCUCAUACACAACCUGCUUAUGGAUAUCCUCCAUAUCAUCAUCCUUCAGGAAAUAUAAGAUGUGUUCGACAAGCACCACCUAUACUUUCUCAACCUACUCAAGAAUGUACUAAAGUACAAGCUACAAAGUCUCAUGAGAAACGAGUACAGAAUCUCUACACACCAGUUAAGCAACCUUUUCAUCAAGUAACUGAGGAGGAUAAUUCUUCACAGACCAAUAUAGUCACUACAGUUAUAACUGUAAAUAACAGUAAGGUAGAACAAUGUACCGAUAAUGUAGAUGAAAAUACUGCCAAUAGGAAAAAUUCAAACACAAAUGGGAAAGUACCACCUGUUAAUGUUAAAAUAGAGCAUAACAUUGUAUCUACGGUAAAUGAAAAAUGCAAUGGAGCUGAAAAAAAUGAUGUACCAUGCGUGAAUAUUAAUAGCAGUAUUGAAGUGAAACAGAAUGGAGAAACUGAUAAAGAAUAUAAGAAUGAAACUGUUUCUAGUAUUAAAACUACUGUUGUUAAAACAUUAUCAAAACCAAUUUGUAAAAAUGAAAAUGAAGCACAUAAGGAAGAUAUUUCUAGGAAAAAUGGGCAAGAUGAAAUUAUUAUUAAAACCCCAAGCAACUCUUCUAAUGCAGCAAAUACUCCAAUAAUUGUACCUGCUACACCAUCCCCAGCUUCAUCUAGCAUAUCUUGGGCUAGUAUUUUAAAAAAAGGAAGUGCAGAAGCACAACAGAAUCUGUCAAAUUACAAACCAACAGCUCGCAUUAAUCCUCUGCCAAUCACAGAGAAUAAUAUAACAUCACAAGUUUCAUCACAAUUAACGGAGAAAGAUCAACCUAGCAGUACAAUACUAUUUACAAAUGAAAAUAUUUCAUCUAAUAUACGAAAUGAAAGUAAAAAUUCUCAAGCAGAAUCAUUACAGAAUCAUUAUAAUGAUCCUAUUGCCUUUCGUAUGGGUGAAUUCUUAUUAAGUUAUCAGAUGGAUAAGCAAACUGUGAGUUUAUUACCUAGAGGAUUGACAAACCGUAGUAAUUAUUGUUAUAUUAAUAGUAUAUUACAAGCUUUGCUUGCUUGUCCACCUUUUUACAAUCUUUUAAUGGCACUACCACAUUCUAAAAAUUCCAAUAAAAUGUCUUCCACUCCACUUAUUGAUAAUAUGAUCAAAUUUGUACAUGAAUUUACACCUUUAUCAGAUGGUGCUCGACUGGCCAGGAAAGAUCGAGCAAAUAAACGAGGGGAAGAUUCAAUAGUAGAUAUACAAAGUGGAGUGGCCUUUGAACCAUUUUAUGUAUAUACAAUGUUAAAAAAUACGUCAGCUGCGGGCGUAUUUUCUGUGGAAGGACGGCAAGAAGACGCAGAAGAAUUUCUCUCGUGCCUUCUGAAUGGUAUCAAUGAUGAAAUGCUUGAACUUAUAAAAUUAGUAAAUAAUGAUCAAAACGUAACAAAUAAUAUUGAAAAUAAUAUAAGUUAUAACAAUGGAGAAGAAGAAUGGAAGGUUAUGGGUCCAAAGAAUAAAGGAUCUAUUACACGGUGUACCGAAUUUGGAAGAACACCAUUAUCCGAUAUAUUUCGUGGGCAAUUGAGAUCUAGAGUAUCACGAGCAGGAGAGCAGCCGACAGAUAAUGUCCAACCCUUUUUUACGUUACAACUUGAUAUUGAAAAAGCAGAAUCCGUGAAAGGUGCUCUCGAAAUUCUUGUUGGGAAAGAUCAAUUGGAAGGAAUGACAUGUAGCAAAACGAAACAACAAAUAGAAGCUUGGAAGCAAGUUACUUUAGAAGAAUUACCUGUUAUUCUUAUAUUACAUCUAAAAUGGUUUGACUACAAACUCGAUGGUUGCUCAAAAAUUGUGAAAAGUGUGGAAUUUCCAAUUGAUUUAAAGUUGGAUAGCAAAUUCCUCUCGCCAAAUGCUAUAAAAAAACUAAAUCCUAAGCAAAAACAUUAUAAACUGUUUGCUGUUACUUACCAUGAUGGAAAAGAGGCGACGAAAGGUCAUUAUGUUACAGAUGCUUUUCACGUAGGAUAUGGUGGAUGGGUCAGGUAUGAUGAUAGUUCACUAAAAGGUGUUUCUGAAAGUAAUGUAUUAAAACCUACUCCUCCAAGAGUUCCAUAUUUAUUAUAUUAUCGACGAUGUGACACUAUUGGGAAUAAUCAGUCAAAUAGUGGUAAAGCACGUUAAAGCAAAAAGCAUUAAUUAUGAAUAGAAAUAGAUCUAUAUUCUGAGCCUAAAGAGGCAACUUGAAAGAAUAGAUUUUACAGGUUUGUGGUUCUUGUUGAUAUUUGUAUCUAAGUACAGAGAAUGUUUACUAACCAAUAUCAUAAAAAAAUAGAGAAGUAUUUCUUUUCAAUAUGCUGUACUUCCAUGAAACAUUUGUACUAAGAAUGUUGUUACAAGUUUUAUGCAUAGUUUUCUUGGUACGUGAAAUAAAUAAUAGUUGAAGUUGAAGUUAAAGAAGAGUUUUGAUUUUGGCAUUCAUAGUUCUAUUGAAGUUAAUAAGCGCUUACACAUUACAUUUUAUCAAAAUAUUAAAUGUCACAAUCUCUUGUACAUAUCUUUCAUACUCUGAUUAUGGAUAUACAAUGUAUAAGAAAAGGAUAUACAUAAUAAUCUUGUAGAAAAGAAAGCAAAAAUAGAGAAAGGUUUUUCUACUUUAAUGACAAAAUUUCUAUGAAAUGCAAAUUUUAUAUAUGUCUGAAGAAAGAUACAUCUUAUGCCUUAAGUUAUUUUUGUAUAUAACCUUCCUGCGCCCUUAUAAUAUUCCAACCUGCCAAUUAUUUUUAGCAUAUAUUAGUUUGAUAGCUAUUCUAUAAUUAAAAAAAAAGAUAAUUGAAUAACUAUUCAAAAUACAUAUGUAUUUCGUGAUAAUACAUCUUUAUGCCAUAUUAUUAAAAUAAAUUAUUGGGAAAAAGUAAAAAAUAUAGAUUUUGAACAAAAGAAAUAAUUGGUAAGAUGGAAUACUAACGUUAUCAGUGAAGAAGAUUGUAUAAACAUGAAAUUUGUGUACAAAACUACCUUGUAUGUGUCAAACUUGUGUCUUUAAUUACAGUUCUUUUUAAAAAAAAAACAAAAAAUAAAAAAAGCAAAAAAAAAAGAAAUAAAAAUAUAUUCAUGUAUUGCCAUUUUAUACAUGUUAAUACAUGUAACAGAAUACAUUUUCUAUUUUUUGUAAUAAGUUUAGUGAAUGAAUUAAUUUGACUACAAAUUUGGAUCCACAAAUUUGGUUGUAUUCAUAUCGUUAUUAUAAAAAUACCUUAACAAUUUCAAGAUACUUAUUACCGAAAUAUGUUAAAAGUAUAAAAAUUACUGUAUACUUAAUUGAUUUUAUAUGGGUAAUGUGUCAAAUGUUUUGUUUUGCUUUGGGCUAGUGUGUGUACGGUUUUAACUCUCCUGUUCCACAUCAUUCUUCUCAAAUCUUUUUUAAUUCUUUCUAGUUUAUAAAUAUAUUGAUAUUCAUAUAUAAAUAUAAUCUGUUGAUAAAGCAA